AUGCGAAUACUCAACGAUCUUAUACGCUACGUUGACACGUUGCCGCUGGACUCCCUCGUCGCUGUUCCGAGGACCCUGGUCCGGCUGAACUGGCGGGAUAUGGGCCUCUUUAAGCACAUCGAAUCGCCGAUCAUGACGUUGCUCCCCAGCAUGACUACGAACCAGAUCGCUGAAGUGACUCGGGCCUAUGCGGACGUGCAGGCCGGUGGGAAGGCGUUCUGGGAGAGUAUCAUAAACAAUGUGGCGCACAGGGUACUCCUUGAGUGA